AUUUAGCUUACUUGAUUGGAAUAUAAAUUAGUGAAACUUUAUCUUGAAUUCAAGUAGUUUUCGAGCCCUCAAUCCGACAACAACUACAGAUAUUUAGUUAAAUGAGGUUUUUAUUGACGGCUUUAUUUUUAAUCGGCUUGGUAGCUGCCAGCAGCGGACAUCGUUCGAGAUACUCCAGGUCAUAUGGAAUCAAUUUGAGCAACCGUCCAAAGCAAGAAUACGCUACACGUGUUUACGCGCCACGUAAAGAGAAUAAUGAAGCAGCAAGUUCAUAUGGAUCAAAAAUUUCGCUAUUGCCAAUUCUUCCAAAGGCACUUGAUGAACUCCCUUUGCAAAUCGGUGACUCACCGGAUGUAGUUAGUGAACCUAAGACAGAAAGUUCACAGUUUAUUUACGGUCCAAAACGUGGCUCUGAACCGUCUCCAUGGAACUACGAUUAUCCACGUAGACACGGCGGUUAUUUGUAUAAUAGAGGACCAUGGUAUUGGCGAGAUUAUCCUUAUUUAUGGCAUAGACAUUAUUCGUCAAGAAAAGGUGGGCGAGGAAAAGGAAAAUAUCCACCUAGUAGACAUGGACCUAGUGACGAUGAAGAACCACCAUGUAGCAAGUGUGAAAAGCAUCGUAAGCGUGAGAAACAGUCACCACCUAGAGAUGAUGAUGAACAUAGAGAUGAUGAUGAUCCUAGAGAUGAUGAUGAACCCAGAGAUGAUGACGAACCUAAAGAUGAUGAAGAACCACCAUGUAAAAAGUGUGAAAAGCAUCGUAAGCGUGAUAAACGGUCACGCCAUGACAAGCAUCGCCCAUCUAAGCGUGAUAAACGGUCACCACAUCACAAGCAUCGUCCAUCUAAGCGUGAUAAACGGUCACCAUGCGAUAAGCAUCGCCCACCUAAGCGUGAUAAACGGUCACCACAUGACAAGCAUCGCCCAUCUAAGCGUGAUAAACGGUCCCCAUGCGACAAGCAUCGCCCACCUAAGCGUGAUAAACGGUCACCAUGCGACAAACACCGUCCAUCUAAGCGUGAUAAACGAACACCAUGUGACAAGCAUCCUCGACCUCCAAAACCUGAUAAGCCUUGUCAUAAAUGUCGAUCGACAAAGCGUCCUCGCCCUAGUCGACCGGUACCUCAAGAAACGACUAUUGAACCAGAAGUGAGCACACAAGAACCUGAAGAAGAAACUACACAGCCAAAAGUAGAAACCAGCAAACCUGAAUUAAGUACACCACUACCAGAUGUAGAAACCAGGAAACCACAGGGAAGCACAGAAGUACCAGUGCAAGGAACAGAAGCUCCAGUGGAACGGAUUACUCAUCGUGAAGUCGAAACUCGUCAACCAGAAGUAAGCACUGAAGUUCCAGUGGAAGGAACAGAAGCUCCAGUAGAAUGGACUACUCAGCCUGAAGCCGAGACUCGUCAACCAGGAGGAAGCACGAAAGUACCAGUGGAUGGAACAGAAGCCCCUGUAGAAUGGACUACUCAGCCUGAAGCCGAGACUCGUCAACCAGAAGGAAGCACGAAAGUACCAGUGGAAGGAACAGAAGCCCCAGUAGAAUGGACUACACAGCCUGAAGUCGAGACUCGUCAACCAGAAGGAAGCACAGAAGUACCAGUGCAAGGAACAGAAGCUCCAGUACAAUGGACUACUCAGCCUGAAGUCGAAACUAGGCCACCAGAAGGAAGUACUGAAAUACCAGUUGAAGGAACAGAAGCUCCGGUAGAAUGGACUACUCAGCACGGAGUUGAAACUAGCAAACCUGAAGGAAGCACUGAAGUUCCAGUGGUAGGAACGGAAGCUCCAGUAGAAUGGACCACUCAGUCUGAAGUCGAGACUCGUCAACCAGAAGGAAGCACUGAAGUACCAGUGGAACGAACAGAAGCUCCAGUACAAUGGACUACUCAGCCUGAAGUCGAAACUAGGCCACCAGAAGGAAGUACUGAAAUACCAGUUGAAGGAACAGAAGCUCCAGUACAAUGGACCACUCAGUCUGAAGUCGAGACUCGUCAACCAGAACUAAGCACUGAAGUACCAGUGGAAGGAACAGAAGCUCCAGUACAAUGGACCACUCAGUUUGAAGUCGAGACUCGUCAACCAGAAGGAAGCACAGAAGUACCAGUGGAAGGAACAGAAGCUCCAGUAGAAUGGACUACUCAGCCUGAAGCCGGGACUCGUCAACCAGAAGGAAGCACUGAAGUACCAGUUGAAGGAACAGAAGCUCCAGUACAAUGGACCACUCAGUCUGAAGUCGAGACUCGUCAACCAGAAGGAAGCACUGAAGUACCAGUGGAACGAACAGAAGCUCCAGUACAAUGGACUACUCAGCCUGAAGUCGAAACUAGGCCACCAGAAGGAAGUACUGAAAUACCAGUUGAAGGAACAGAAGCUCCAGUACAAGGGACCACUCAGUCUGAAGUCGAGACUCGUCAACCAGAAGUAAGCACUGAAGUACCAGUGGAAGGAACAGAAGCUCCAGUACAAUGGACCACUCAGUCUGAAGUCGAGACUCGUCAACCAGAAGUAAGCACUGAAUUACCAGUGGAAGGAACAGAAGCUCCAGUAGAAUGGACUACUCAGUCUGAAGUUGAGACUCGUAAACCAGAAGUAAGCACUGAAGUACCAGUGGAAGGAACAGAAGCUCCAGUACAAUGGACCACUCAGUCUGAAGUCGAGACUCGUCAACCAAAAGGAAGCACUGAAGUACCAGUGGAACGAACAGAAGCUCCAGUACAAUGGACUACUCAGCCUGAAGUCGAAACUAGGCCACCAGAAGGAAGUACUGAAAUACCAGUUGAAGGAACAGAAGCUCCGGUAGAAUGGACUACUCAGCACGAAGUUGAAACUAGCAAACCUGAAGGAAGCACUGAAGUUCCAGUGGAAGGAACAGAAGCCCCGGUAGAAUGGACUACUCAGCCUGAAGUCGAAACUAGGCCACCAGAAGGAAGUACUGAAAUACCAGUUGAAGGAACAGAAGCUCCGGUAGAAUGGACUACUCAGCACGAAGUUGAAACUAGCAAACCUGAAGGAAGCACUGAAGUUCCAGUGGAAGGAACGGAAGCUCCAGUAGAAUGGACUACUCAGCCUGAAAUCGAAACUCGUCAACCAGAAGUAAGCACUGAAGUUCCAGUGGAAGGAACAGAAGCUCCAGUAGAAUGGGCUACUCAGUCUGAAGUUGAGACUCGUCAACCAGAAGGAAGCACUGAAGUACCAGUGGAACGAACAGAAGGUCCAUUACAAUGGACCACUCAGUCUGAAGUUGAGACUCGUCAACCAGAAGGAAGCACUGAAGUACCAGUGGAAGGAACAGAAGCUCCAGUACAAUGGACUACUCAGCCUGAAGUCGAAACUAGGCAACCAGAAGCAAGCACUGAAGUUCCAGUGGAAGGAACGGAAGCUCCAGUACAAUGGAUAACUCAGUCUGAACUGGAGACUCGUCAACCAGAAGGAAGCACAGAAGUACCAGUGGAAGGAACAGAAGCUCCAGUAGAAUGGACCACUCAGCCUGAAGCCGAGACUCGUCAGCCAGAAGGAAGCACUGAAGUACCAGUGGAAGGAACAGAAGCCCCAGUACAAUGGACCACUCAAUCUGAAGCCGAGACUCGUCAACCAGAAGGAAGCACUGAAAUAGCGGUGGAAGGAACAGAAGCUCCAGUAGAAUGGACCACUCGGUCUGAAGUUGAGACUCGUCAACCAGAAGGAAGCACUGAAGUACCAGUGGAAGGAACAGAAGCUCCAGUACAAUGGACCACUCAGUCUAAAGUCGAGACUCGUCAACCGGAAGUAAGCACUGAAGUACCAGUGGAAGGAACAGAAGCUCCGGUAGAAUGGACUACACGGCCUGAAAUCGAAACUCGUCAACCAGAAGUAAGCGCUGGAGUUCCAGUGGAAGGAACCGAAGCUCCAGUUCAAUGGACCACUCAGUCUGAAGUUGAGACUCGUCAACCAGAAGGAAGCACUGAAGUACCAGUAGAAGGAACAGAAGCCCCGGUAGAAUGGACUACUCAGCCUGAAGUCGAAACUCGUCAACCAGAUGUAAGCACUGAUGUACCAGUUGAAGGAACCGAAGCUCUGGUAGAAACUAGCGAACCUGCGGUAAGCACACCACUACCAGAAGAACCUAUAAGGAAACCAGAAGGAAGUACUGAAAUACCAGUGGAAGGAACACAAUCUCCAGUAGAAUGGACUACUCAGCCUGAAGUAGAAACUAGCAAGCCAGAACAUAACACGAAUUUACCCGAGAUAGAUACUGAAGAACCCAAAGUUAAUACUCCUAGCUCUGAGAGUCUGAAAGUAAGUACUACACAGCCUGAAGACACUACUUCAGCACAAGAUGUUUACACAAACGAUCCUGAGGUGAGCACCCCAAAAUCCGAAGAGAUAUCUACCAAUCCAACAAGAAUUCCUCCGCAACACGAUGAACCAGAACCCGUUGCACCACAAGAAAGGACUACAAAUGCACCAGUGGCGCAAACAGAUGAGCCUAUUGUAAGUAGCCCGGAACCUAAGGAGGAAACGAUGGAACCAGAGGUGAGCGCGUCACUCCCAGAAGAUCUUGAAGUAACUACUCCGGCAACUGAGGAACCAAGUGAAAGCUCCACUCAACCUGAAUCUCAAGGAAGUACUAAUGCACCAGUGGUAACUACUGAAGAGCCUAUUGUAAGUACCCCACAACCUGAGGAGGAAACUAGGGAACCUGAAGUGAGCACGACACUCCCAGAAGAUCCUAAAGUAACUACUGUAGCAACUGAGGAACCAAGUGAAAGCUCCACUCAACCUGAAUCUCAAGGAAGUACUAAUGCACCAGUGGUAACUACUGAAGAGCCUAUUGUAAGUACCCCACAACCUGAGGAGGAAACUAAAGAACCGGUGGUGAGCACGUCACUUCCUGAAGAUCCUGAAGUAACUACUCUGGCAACUGAGGAACCAAGUGAAAGCUCCACUCAACCUGAAUCUCAAGGAAGUACUAAUGCACCAGUGGUAACUACUGAAGAGCCUAUUGUAAGUACCCCACAACCGGAGGAGGAAACUAGGGAACCUGAAGUGAGCACGUCACUCCCAGAAGAUCCUGAAGUAACUACUGUAGCAACUGAGGAACCAAAUGAAAGCUCCACUCAACCUGAAUCUCAAGGAAGUACUAAUGCACCAGUGGUAACUACUGAAGAGCCUAUUGUAAGUACCCCACAACCUGAGGAAGAAACUAAAGAACCGGUGGUGAGCACGUCACUUCCUGAAGAUCCUGAAGUAACUACUCUGGCAACUGAGGAACCAAGUGAAAGCUCCACUCAACCUGAAUCUCAAGGAAGUACUAAUGCACCAGUGGUAACUACUGAAGAGCCUAUUGUAAGUACCCCACAACCAGAGGAGGAAACUAAGGAACCGGUGGUGAGCACGUCACUUCCUGAAGAUCCUGAAGUAACUACUCUGGCAACUGAGGAACCAAGUGAAAGCUCCACUCAACCUGAAUCUCAGGGAAGUACUAAUGCACCACUGGUAACUACUGAAGAGCCUAUUGUAAGUACCCCACAACCUGAGGAAGAAACUAAAGAACCGGUGGUGAGCACGUCACUUCCUGAAGAUCCUGAAGUAACUACUCUGGCAACUGAGGAACCAAGUGAAAGCUCCACUCAACCUGAAUCUCAAGGAAGUACUAAUGCACCAGUGGUAACUACUGAAGAGCCUAUUGUAAGUACCCCACAACCUGAGGAAGAAACUAAAGAACCGGUGGUGAGCACGUCGCUUCCUGAAGAUCCUGAAGUAUCUACUCUGGCAACUGAGGAACCAAGUGAAAGCUCCACUCAACUUGAAUCUCAGGGAAGUACUAAUGCACCUGUGGUAACUACUGAAGAGCCUAUUGUAAGUACCCCACAACCAGAGGAGGAAACUGAGGAACCGGUGGUGAGCACGUCACUUCCUGAAGAUCCUGAAGUAACUACUCUGGCAACUGAGGAACCAAGUGAAAGCUCCACUCAACCUGAAUCUCAGGGAAGUACUAAUGCACCAGUGGUAACUACUGAAGAGCCUAUUGUAAGUACCCCACAACCUGAGGAAGAAACUAAAGAACCGGUGGUGAGCACGCCACUUCCUGAAGAUCCUGAAGUAACUACUCUGGCAACUGAGGAACCAAGUGAAAGCUCCACUCAACCUGAAUCUCAAGGAAGUACUAAUGCACCAGUGGUAACUACUGAAGAGCCUAUUGUAAGUACCCCACAACCUGAGGAAGAAACUAAAGAACCGGUGGUGAGCACGUCACUUCCUGAAGAUCCUGAAGUAACUACUCUGGCAACUGAGGAACCAAGUGAAAGCUCCACUCAACCUGAAUCUCAAGAAAGUACUAAUGCACCAGUGGUAACUACUGAAGAGCCUAUUGUAAGUACCCCACAACCAGAGGAGGAAACUGAGGAACCGGUGGUGAGCACGUCACUUCCUGAAGAUCCUGAAGUAACUACUCUGGCAACUGAGGAACCAAGUGAAAGCUCCACUCAACCUGAAUCUCAGGGAAGUACUAAUGCACCUGUGGUAACUACUGAAGAGCCUAUUGUAAGUACCCCACAACCAGAGGAGGAAACUGAGGAACCGGUGGUGAGCACGUCACUUCCUGAAGAUCCUGAAGUAUCUACUCUGGCAACUGAGGAACCAAGUGAAAGCUCCACUCAACUUGAAUCUCAGGGAAGUACUAAUGCACCUGUGGUAACUACUGAAGAGCCUAUUGUAAGUACCCCACAACCAGAGGAGGAAACUGAGGAACCGGUGGUGAGCACGUCACUUCCUGAAGAUCCUGAAGUAUCUACUCUGGCAACUGAGGAACCAAGUGAAAGCUCCACUCAACUUGAAUCUCAGGGAAGUACUAAUGCACCUGUGGUAACUACUGAAGAGCCUAUUGUAAGUACCCCACAACCAGAGGAGGAAACUGAGGAACCGGUGGUGAGCACGUCACUUCCUGAAGAUCCUGAAGUAACUACUCUGGCAACUGAGGAACCAAGUGAAAGCUCCACUCAACCUGAAUCUCAGGGAAGUACUAAUGCACCAGUGGUAACUACUGAAGAGCCUAUUGUAAGUACCCCACAACCUGAGGAAGAAACUAAAGAACCGGUGGUGAGCACGCCACUUCCUGAAGAUCCUGAAGUAACUACUCUGGCAACUGAGGAACCAAGUGAAAGCUCCACUCAACCUGAAUCUCAAGGAAGUACUAAUGCACCAGUGGUAACUACUGAAGAGCCUAUUGUAAGUACCCCACAACCUGAGGAAGAAACUAAAGAACCGGUGGUGAGCACGUCACUCCCAGAAGAUCCUGAAGUAACUACUCUGGUAACUGAGGAACCAAGUGAAAGCUCCACUCAACCUGAAUCUCAAGGAAGUACUAAUGCACCAGUGGUAACUACUGAAGAGCCUAUUGUAAGUACCCCACAACCUGAGGAGGAAACUAAAGAACCGGUGGUGAGCACGUCACUCCCAGAAGAUCCUGAAGUAACUACUCUGGUAACUGAGGAACCAAGUGAAAGCUCCACUCAGCCUGAAUCUCAAGGAAGUACUAAUGCACCAGUGGUAACUACUGAAGAGCCUAUUGUAAGUACCCCUCAACCUGAGGAGGAAACUAAAGAACCGGUGGUGAGCACGUCACUCCCAGAAGAUCCUGAAGUAACUACUCUGGUAACUGAGGAACCAAGUGAAAGCUCCACUCAACCUGGAUCUCAAGGAAGUACUAAUGCACCAGUGGUAACUACUGAAGAGCCUAUUGUAAGUACCCCACAACCUGAGGAGGAAACUAGGGAACCUGAAGUGAGCACGUCACUUCCUGAAGAUCCUGAAGUAACUACUCUGGCAACUGAGGAACCAAGUGAAAGCUCCACUCAGCCUGAAUCUCAAGGAAGUACUAAUGCACCAGUGGUAACUACUGAAGAGCCUAUUGUAAGUACCUCACAACCUGAGGAGGAAACUAAAGAACCGGUGGUGAGCACGUCACUCCCAGAAGAGCCGGAAGUAACUACUGUAGCAACUGAGGAACCUGAAGGAAGCACUAAUGCACCAGCGUUAUCUACUGAAGAGCCUGUUGUAAGUAGCCCGCAACCUGAACGACCAGUUAGCACCACAACCGAACGAGAGUUAAGUACAGUAACUAGUGGGGAUGUCGCUACUACAACAGUUAAACCUUGUGAUCCAAAGCCCGGCUGCAAAUGUAGUUGUUGUCAGCGAGUGAAAACCGUUGCUUUGUUGAUAUAUUCAUCCGCAGAGGGCGGUAAUGCUAUUGCCAGUAACCAACCGACCAAUUGUUCGCAUGGUUGCGCAGAGAAAGCACCGCUUGACUUAUUAUCUCAACUUAUUGCCAAGCUCAGAUUGAGGUAGUGUUUAUAAUAGGAAGCAGCCUAUAUAAAAUUACGAAAUAUAAGUGUAUAUUAUAAAAAAUAUACAUACGAGUACAUGUAAAUUAUUGUCUAUUGUUUUAAGUAUUAUUUAUAAAUCUCUAGAUUUGUGUAUAUAUUAAGUUCAGGUGUUGGAAGCUCAUACUUUUACGCAAUUCAUUUAAGCCAUAUACUCAUCGACGCAAUCGUUUUGCGGUUAUAUUUCACUAAAUAAAAUGAGAACGAUUUAACGAUUAAUAAA